AUGGACUCGGGCGCCCGCCCCAUUGGCAAGGCGUCCCUGAAGAACCCCUUCGUCGGGCUGCACCACGGGUCGCGGCAGGCGAGCGUGAAGUACUGCCUCUGGGAGGUGCUGCGCGAUUUCCCGAAUGGCCUCAACGUGACGGAGAUCGUGAGGGAGCUGGAGCACCGGGACUUGAGGGAUUUUUCCGGCAGGAAAAAUGUGCCGGGUCAGGUUUCAUGCGACCUUGUCCGGCAUCGUGACCAUUUCAUACAUGACCCCGACCGGAAGCUGUGGUUCAUCCGGCCUCUGGCGCCCCCUGGUGUGGCCGGCCACGUGCCAAGGAAACCACAGAGGGGACGGCCCCCUAAAGCUGCCACGUUGGUGCGAAGGGGACAAAAGCCACAUGGCAGGGCGAUCGUUGGGUGCAGAGUUAGCGUGUGGUGGGCCGGCAACUGCAAAUUCUUCGAUGGCACGAUAUCAGCAUAUGAUGUGCACAAUGACACCUACACUGUGCUGUAUGACGAUGGGGACACAGAUGAGGCGCUGCAGUUCAAGAACUUCGACGUACUGUUUGCAGGCAUGAACGUUGAUUGUGUUCGUGUCUUGGAGACGGAUAAGGACGAAAUCGAGCAGGCAGCUAACACCAUCACACAGCUGGCCGCCGCGGGGAUGUACUCUGCUUGUGCAGGUUCAUUGCAAGGUGCUGCUCUCUAUGAAGGAAUUCCGCAUACUGGUGCUCCUCAUGACAGUGGCACUACACACAAUGGUACUCUGAAUGAUGCUUUGGUGAUCAAAAGCGCAGCGGGGGCGGCUCGCAGUGGCGCCGUCUGUCAUUCUGAUCGUGAUGUGGCGAUGACAGAAAACGGGCAGAAGUGUGAAGAGCCAGAAGGGUCGAUGCCGGCAGACGUAGGUCGGUCCAGCUCUCCGCCCCACCCAUCUUCAUCUCCAGCCACCAGUCUCCACAUAUCCUGCCUCCCAUCGCAGCCUCCUGCUUCGCAUGACUUGGCGACUGCUGCAAUCCGAUGGGCGGACCGCAUGGCCAAUUUGAUGACUGCUUAUCGAGCACGCCAGGUGGACAUCAACGACCUAUUCAACCGCAUGCGCGGCCACGUGCCGGAUCCCAUCCACACCAACACGGCGUUGGGGGACCUCGCGAAGCGGGUGGAGGCUGCGGGGCGUGACUCUGGCAUGAUGGCUCACCCCCUUGAGUCUGAGCGACCCGGCGCCCACCGGCUGCUGCGAUUCUGCAUGGAGGCCUUCCUGCGCCUGGCGCCCGGGGUGGACGCAUCGCUGCAGGAGGCGCUGGGCUACGCGGAGGACCUGUCCAGCCAUGUGCUGUCGCGCUGCCCGAGCGGCAAGCGCGGUGCGGGGCAGGCCAUCCUCGCGUCGACGGAGCCGGAGCGCGACGACGACUUGGUGCAGAGGCUGCGGCUCGCGGAGAGGCGGCUGCGGCAGCUGGUGGACCUGUUGUGA